CUCCGAGCCGGGCGGAGAUUAAGCACCCGCAAGGAGCCACGCCCGGCUACCACACCUCCCCCAACGCGACGUCGUCGUUGUUCUUUUAUUUCACAAAACAAGCUUAAAAUACGACUUUACCAUGACUGCGUGGCGUGGACUUCUUCGUGUACUUGCCGUCGUUCUCCUUCGUUGUGUACACACCUGCUUGUGUGACACAGAAGACUUGCGAGGCUUCACCGGUACCGAGACCCCCGACGGGAUUUGGGUGGGCCAGCAGGCAAAGUCGGUCCUGAGCAGCGGCCUCACCACCGUCUUCCUGCCGGUCGUCUACAUCGUGGUGCUUGUGGUGGGCUUGCCCGCCAACGGCAUGGCCGUCUGGGUAUUCCUGUUCCGCACCAAGAAGAAGCACCCGUCGUCCAUCUACAUGGCCAACCUGGCUCUGGCCGACCUGCUCUUCGUCAUCUGGACGCCGCUAAAGAUCGCCUACCACUUCAACGACAACGACUGGACGUACGGUGAAGGGGUGUGCAAGGUCUUGGUGGGCUUCUUCUACGCGAACAUGUACUGCUCCAUGGCCUUCAUCGCCUGCAUCAGUGUGCAGCGCUACUGGGCCGUGGUGCACCCGCUCGCGCAGCGCUGGCCUGAGAACACAGUAGCCUACGCGGUUUCGGCGGCCAUCUGGACGACGGUGUGGCUCCUCACCGUGCCGCUCUACCUUUACGAUCAACGGGUGCGUGUGGUCAACCUGGGCAUCCUCACCUGCCACGACGUCACCCGGCCCUCCCAAAAGAAGAUUGCGGCGGGCUACUUCCUCACCAUGGGUACGGCGGGCUUCGUGGGGCCCGCCGCCGUGUGCGCCGUCUCCUACGCGCUGAUGCUGCGGGCGCUCCGCAGCAGCAUGAAGGCGGACCCCGGCGUGGCCAAGAAGCGCCGCAAGGCUGUGGUGCUGAUCGUCAUCGUGCUAUUGAUGUUCAUGGUGUGCUUCGCACCCAGCAACAUCAUGCUCCUGGUGCACUACGCGCUGCUCCUGAAUGAGGCGCCGAACAACCUCUACGGCUUCUACAUCACCACGCUAUGCCUGGCCAGCCUCAACAGCUGCAUCGACCCUUUCGUCUACUACUACAUCUCUGACGAUUUCCGCCAGCACGUCAAAAACACCUUCCUCUGCCGUAGCCAGAGGACCGUGGAAAGGAUGCGCGUGUCCUUCAGCGCGCUCAAGUUCUCCAAGAAGAGCAACACGUACACGUCCGACUCUGGCGAAAACACGGGCAGCUCGCAGUGCUAGCCAGCGCAAAAGGACGAGUGGUUGGUUAGCACGCCUGCCUCCAUAGUUAACUUGAGUUUGCGUGUCCGUAGGUGUGAGCGUGACGACCAGUCCAUAUCCUCUCGCUCCUCUGUGUAGCUCCUCUCACAAGCACAAUGAAUACAUGUUUAAGUUCUGCUCUGGAUCGUCCAGUCUCCGUCCACAUGCCAAAAACUGAAUGUUAGGUUCAUUCAAGACUUUUACUUGUUAUUGGGUGUGAAUGGUCUUGUGUGUGGAUAGAGCGUGUGCCAUGUGAUUGGAUGGCGACCAGUCCAUGGUGUAUCCUCCCGCUCCUCAGUGUAACUCCUUUCACAAGCACAAUGAUUACAUGCUUAAGGUUUUCUCCAGAUAAUCCAGUUUCCUCCCACUUUCCACAAGUACAUAUGUUAGCUUCAUGAAAGACACUAAAUUGUAUGUACGUGUGAAUGUGAGUGUAAAUGGUCUAUGGAUUCCCUUUUGAUUUGCUAGCAACCAGACCAGGUUUUACCCCGCCUCUGGCCCAAAGUCACGCAUGACCUCAAUGACAACAAGAGGCCUAUAAAAUGGAUAGAUGUUUGCAUUUUUUUUAAUUAUUAUUAAUUUUUUUAAAUAAACACUUGCAACGUUG